GCAGUUUCCAUAUGAUAUAACAAGGUUUCAGAUCUAGUAAUGUUUUCACUCUGAGCUAGACCUAUUGAACCUCUUUUGGAAAAGAAAGAAAAAGGAUGUCCAGUGUAAAGGUUGCAGUCCGGGUUCGUCCCUUCAACUCCCGUGAGAACGCUCGGGAUGCUCAAUGCAUCAUUGAGAUGGAAGGUUCAACAACAAGAAUCACCAAUCCGAAAGUCCCAGCGAACUCUAAAGAGGCAAUCAAGAGUUUUAACUUCGACUACUCAUACUUAUCCCAUAAUCCGGAUGAUCCGGUUUUUCAUGGACAAGACGUGGUUUACAUGGAGCUAGGAGAGGAAAUGCUCCAGCAUGCUUUUCAAGGUUACAACGUGUGUAUAUUCGCGUAUGGGCAGACAGGAGCAGGGAAGAGCUACACUAUGAUGGGUAAAGCUGGAGAAAAGGAAACUGAAGGAAUAAUUCCUCGUCUUUGUAAAGAUCUUUUUGUCAAGAUUGAUGAAGAUAACAGUCCAGACUCUCAGUACUCUGUAGAGGUAAGCUAUAUGGAGAUAUACUGUGAACGUGUACGAGAUCUCCUGAACCCGAAUGCAAAGGGAAACCUCCGUGUUCGCGAGCACCCUCUUCUCGGACCCUAUGUGGAGGACCUGAGUAAACUGGCGGUGGCGAGUUACGCCGACAUCCACGACCUGAUGGACGAGGGGAACAAGGCGAGGACGGUGGCGGCGACGAACAUGAACGAGAGCAGCAGCAGAUCUCACGCUGUCUUCACGAUCAUAUUCACCCAGCACAAGCAUGAUACUGACAGUGGGUUGACUGCGGAGAAGGUUAGCAAGAUAUCUCUGGUAGAUCUAGCAGGGUCGGAGAGAGCUGAAUCCACCGGAGCAAAAGGAACUCGGCUCAAGGAAGGAGCAAACAUUAACAAGAGUUUGACAACCUUGGGCAAGGUUAUAUCUGCCCUAGCGGAGCAAUCUGCCGGAGCUGGAACGAGGACAAACAACCAGAAGAAGAAGAAAGGAGAAUUUAUCCCAUACCGUGACUCCGUACUGACCUGGUUACUGAGGGAGAACCUGGGAGGGAACUCCAAGACGACGAUGGUUGCAGCGAUAUCUCCGGCGGAUAUUAACUACGAUGAAACCUUGUCAACCUUGAGAUACGCCGACAGAGCCAAGCAGAUUGUGUGCAAAGCAGUUGUGAACGAGGACAGUAACGCCAAACUUAUCAGAGAACUCAAGGAAGAAAUCUUCCGUCUCCGACAUCUUCUUAAAGCUGAAGGGAUCGUGGUUGAAGAAGGUCCUGGGGGAAAAGUAAUCUAUGCCAGGGAAAGAGCUGCAGCGGAGCUAGGACGGCAGAUAUCUUCUGAUCCUAAGAGCCCCGGAGGUCCUCUGACAAUAACGGAGGAGGCGGUGGACCAACUUCAAGAGAAUGAAAAGCUUGUUGCAGAAUUCACUGAAACAUGGGAGAACAAGUUGAGACGAGCUGAGUCGGUUCGACAGCAGAGAGAACUUGUCUUUGCUGAGAUGGGAGUAGCGAUCAAGGAGGACGGAGAAACUGUUGGAUUCUUCCAACCUAAGAAAACUCCGCAUCUUGUAAACCUCAACCCGGACUCAUCUCUCUCAGAGUGCCUGCUCUACUAUUUAAAGGUUGGGACAACCAAGAUCGGAUCUCCUGAUGCAAAUAUCCCCCAGGAUAUCCAGCUGGUUGGAUCUCAUAUCCUGAGCGAGCACUGUGUGUUCCAGAACACAGACGGAGUUGUUACUCUUAAACCUGCUCCUGAGGCUCUCUGCUAUGUCAACGGACGAAAGGUAACAGCUGACAUUACUCUGAAAACCGGUUCCAGAGUCAUUCUGGGGAAAAACCACGUGUUCAGGUUUCACCACCCUGAGCAGCCCAGGGAGCGAAUGGAUGAUUCUCUAAAGGCAGAGGGAGUAGAGAAACUAUCUAAUGGUCCCGCAGAUUGGGACUUCGCUCAUAGUGAGCUCCUGGAGAGGGAGGGGGUUGAUCUCAAGCUGGAGAUGGAGCAGAAGAUGAGAGAGAUGGAGGAACAGUGGAGGAAGGAGAAGGAAGAGGCAACCCAGGCUUUUCAGCAGGAACGGAAGAAGUAUGAAGAUCAGAUUGAAAGUUUGCAAAAACAGGUUAUGGAGCAAAGUAUGACGAUGUCAAUGAUCAGCUCUAUGACCCCUGAUGAAUUUAACCAAGAAGAAGACCUGUAUGUGAACCCAAUAUUUGAAGCGGAGUGUAGUUGGACAGAGAGAGAAUAUGAACUGGCGAGCUGGGCAUUCAGUAAAUGGAGAAUACAUCAGUUUACAUCACUUAGAGAUGAUUUAUGGGGUAAUGCAGUUUUUCUAAAGGAGGCCAACGCUAUAUCUGUUGAGUUGAAGAAAAGAGUUAGCUUUCAGUUUAGUCUUCUCACCAAUACACUUUACUCUACCUUCCCACCAGACCUACUUCCUAUUAGGGACCCAGAUGAGGAGGAGGAGAGGAUACCUAGAACUGUUGUGGUGGUUGAGGUUCAGGAUAAUAAGAAUAAUGCUUCACAUUUCUGGAGUCUGGAAAAACUGAGACAACGCUUGGAAUUGAUGCGGCAAAUCUAUAACGGGGGCGGGGAAGCCCUGGAUUCUCCGGGUAGGGAGGAAACCUUGCUCCUGGAGCUAACCCUCCCCCCCAGGUGUUCCAACCCCCCUCCGAGGUUGGUUUCUCUAUCCCCAAACAUGCAGAGGUUAGAACUGAUGCGGGAGAUGUAUCAGAACGAAGCCGAGAUGUCUCCGUCCUCUCCAGAUGUUUCCCAGGAUAAACAGGCGGGACUAGAUCCAUUCUAUGACAGGUUCCCUUGGUUCCGACGGGUUGGAAGAGCAGUUGUUUAUCUCUCCAAUCUGAUGCAUCCAGUUCCACUCAUUCACAGGAUUGCUGUUGUGAACGAGAAAGGAGAUGUGAAAGGAUUUCUCCGGGUAGCAGUUCAAGCAGUGCUGGGAGGAGAGGAGGAUACGGUUGAUUAUCCUAUGGGAGUUAGACAAUCUGCUCGGAUACUCUUCCCUGACUCCUGUUCUGCCAGGACGGAGAAGCAGGAGCACGAGGAGAGGAAUGGUGGAGAGGUUCGAGUUCUCUGCUCCGGAUGUAUAGGACACACUGUUACAGAACCGGAUACGGAGAAGGAGGUGGAUACUAGGCACAGCGACAAUGAUGAGAAGAAGGAGACUUUCGAGGAUUUACCGGAGCAUCUCAGGAUAGGAGAGGAUUUCACGCUCAGGGUUACAGUGCUCCAGGCUUACGGGAUAUCUUCAGAUUAUACUGAUAUAUUCACUCAGUUCAAUUUUGUAAACAGACAUGAUGAAGCAUUCUCCACCGAACCCUUGAAAAAUACUGGGAAAAGCUCCUCCUUGAACUUCUACCACGUACAAAAUAUAACCGUAACCGUCUCCAGGUCCUUUAUUGAGUACAUGAAAACUCAACCCAUGAUAUUUGAGGUUUAUGGUCAUUAUCAGUCAUCAGUUCAACCUAAGAUGAACCUGGUUGAAGGUCCUCGUCCUCCACCCCGCCGUCUCCUCCCUCCAGCUAUCCCUAUCUCCCAACCUAUCCGGAGCAGUAAAUUCAGUGCGUCCAGCUGCCCUGCCACUAACCUCAUACACUCCAAGCAUGAUAUUAUUGUCUGGUUCGAGAUCCUGGAGCUUGCUUCAUCAGGGGAGUAUGUUCCAGUCCUGGUGGAUCAUAGUGAGGAUCUAGCUUGUCGAGGACUGUUCUAUCUCCACCAUGGACUCCAGAGAAGGAUUAGGUUGACAAUUGUUCAUGAACGCGCCAAGGUGCUUAAAUGGUCUGAGGUUCGAGAACUUGUUGUGGGACGAAUAAGAUCUAGUCCAGACUGUCACCUGGAGGACGACGAGGACGGAUCUAUCCUAUCUCUGGGUCUGUUUCCAGGAGAGAUGCUGGAGAUACCUGGAGACGAUCGAACCAUGUUCAGGUUUGAAGCAGCCUGGGACAGUUCUCUCCAUAACUCUCUUCUUCUGAACCGUGUUACUCCAUCAGGAGAAACUAUCUAUAUUACCAUCUCAGCAUAUCUCGAGUUGGACGGAUGUGCUCAGCCUGCUAUAGUGACCAAGGAUCUGGCAAUGAUAGUCUACGGGCGAGAUGGUAGAUUAGGUCCCAGACUUAAACAUAUGUUCCAGGGAACCUUCAGGAACCCAGAGGCGAACAGGUUGAGAGGAGUUUAUGAACUUAUCAUGAGACGAGGGAUAGAAGGCAGUCCUGGACUUCAGAGGAGACAGAGAAGGGUUCUGGAUACUUCAAAUACGUAUGUGAGAGGAGAAGAGAACCUUGUUGGUUGGAGACCUAGAGGAGAUUCUUUGAUCUUUGAUCAUCAAUGGGAACUAGAGAAACUAACCAGAUUGACGGAAACAGAGAAGACGAGACAUUUUCUCAUCCUACGAGAAAAGCUAGGAAUAGAUAAACCCUUGGUUGUUGCAGCCUCCAAGGAGUACCUGGAUAAACGGGAGAAAGAAGCCGUGAACCUAGUUGCCCGAGCUAGUGGAGAGGGAAGAGCAAUGGUCCGUCCCAACCAAGGAAGCCAGGAUUACCAGACCUGGGAGAUGACCAAUGCUGAAAGAGAACUUGCAACCAAGUUUGUUAAAUUGAUCCAGUUUCAUCCUAGUAAAGGAGCUCAUCUCCUUACAGAGGAAACUCCUACAGGAGAUCCUGAUAAACUCCUGGCAGACACCUUAGCUCAUAGUUCACAACAUGAUUUAUUAUCUCCUGAACCAACUCGUCCUCGGUCUCUGAUUCUAGAAAAUCUUCCAAAUCUUCUCGGACGGAGUUCUCCAAUAAAAUCUCCGAGUCCUCCUUCCCCCACCACCCAUUUUAGUUACAUCCCUGAGCUAGAGGAGAUCCGUGUAUCUCCUUGUAUCGCUAGGAAAGGAUAUCUAAACGUACUAGAGGAAAAAUGUAAAGCGUGGAAGAGAAGGUGGGUUGUGGUCCGGCGGCCGUAUGUAUUCUUGUACCGAGAUGAGAGGGAUCCUUGUGAACGAGUUCUAAUUAAUCUUGCAACUGCUAAAACAGAGUUUAGUUCCCACCAUUCCGCUGCUAAUGUUCCUAAUGCAUUCAGCAUUGUGACCUCAGAUAGAGGUUUCCUAAUACAAGCUCUGACCCAGCGUGACCUCCAUGAUUGGCUGUACGCAAUCAACCCACUCCUGGCCGGUCAAAUCAGGUCAAAAACAGCUCGGAGUCGACCCACUGCGGAACAACUAGCACACAGCAAUGGAACUCAGCCUCCGGGGCAGGAUUGAGGUUGGAUGUCCUCUGCCUGGUCCUCUACAGUAGCUAAAUUAUGGGACGAAUAGUUCGAACUUCUCUUCGGGUAUAUCUGAAACCCGGAGAUUUAAUUCAACCAAGACACAGUACCACCUUUUAGUUUUAACAUCUACGAAAUAUUUUUGACACUUAGUUUAGAAUUUCUCCUCCCACUGAACCUUGUCAAGGCUAAAUGUGUCAAUAUUUCAAACAUGUGUAAAAGUUUAGACCAGAUAGAGGGCAUAUAAUAGAUCCGUUAGCACACGUGCUUUUUAACAAAAAAUAAACAAAAUUUGAUUAGGAGUCUUUAAAAAAUUGUUAGAUUUUUCACAGAUUUUUUUAUAAAAACCUUCUUAUUAGGAGAUUUAUAAUUAGAAAUUGUUAAUUUUAUUUUAAUUUGUUAUUGCUUAGGCUUAGCAUAAAAGUUAUGACUUUUGAAAAUUUAAUCUGCUCUCUGAGGAUAAACUAAUCAACUUGGACCAAAAAGUCUAGAUAUAAGCAGAUUUAACAGCAUUUACUUUAAUUUUUUCUCACAUUUUUACCAAAAAUGUUCAUGAGAUGCCUAAUAUAAUAUAGUGUAGAAUUUAUAUGUAUUCAAUGUAAACUUUUAUUUCAUACAUUUAGAAAAAAUUCUCAAAAAUUCACGUCGUAAAUGUGCAAACAGUUAAUUUUUCACAAGCAUGGUGACAUUAAUGCAGAUUUUGAAUUUUGACAAAAGAAAUCAACAAAAUUAAAUCAGUUAGAAACUUAUUAUGAAGAUUUAUCUCAAUGUUAAAUGCUUGUUUUCAGUUAUUUUAAUCACACAUUUUAAGUACACAUUUGCAGUACACAUUUUUCAGCGCGUAUAAAUCUUAGGAAGUAUUUCAGUAUGUAUUUGAAAAAAAGCUAUUUAUCUCUUGAGGAUGAAAUUGAUUAUUUGAAUGUUCAGUGCGUAUUUGUGAUUGAUUUUGCAUAUCAACGCACUAAACUUAUGAUAUAAAAAUGUUUACUGCAAAUAAAUAUCAACAAAAUUCCAAAUUUCAAACUAGUUUCAAAUUUUAACAUGACAAACACAAUGUUAUUUAUGUUUACAUUCAUUAAAUAUAUACUCGCUUAUCAACCUUCUCUCAACACGUGCAGAGGAAUAACCUCCAGACCAAUUAUUUUCAGCAGAGAUCUAGUUGUAGGAAACCGGAGUUUUCCUUAUGUACGCAAUCUCAUGCCGAGCUUAAGUGACGUUUUAGUUGAUUUGAGAAAUUGAGAACGAAGUUUAAGUUGACCUUAAACCAGUUUUUCCAGCUAAAAGUCAAGAUCCCGGAUAAAAAGCAAAAAUCUAACAGUUACCCUUGCAAAUGGGUGCAGUUAUAAUUGCUAGAAAUUUACUUGCUGUAAACACAGUAACAACGAAAACUGAGUUAUUUCCUAUAUCUAUAAACAAGUAGAACAGGGCAGAAAUAAAACCUAUAAAAGGGGGUGGGUGUCCUAAUAGGCUAAUAUACAUUAACAUCGUUUUCUUAAAAUAUAAACUAGACGAAUUACCCCUUUAUCUACUAUAAACAUACGACAUAGGUGAUUUUUUGCUCUUUUUUUACAUUUAAUAAAUACAAAGAAAUUUGCCAAGUUGUAAUUUUCUAGAAAUGAAAUCUGCAGCGUGAGAAUGUACAAAUAAAUGUUAUAAUUGUUAAACUCUAGCAGCUGUGUUGAAAAUGUAUGUCAUGCAUAUUGAAUGUGUGUACGUAAUGUACAUAUGUACGGCUAUUGACGCAUCAAAUAUAGUGAUAUUAUUACAUGCAUCUAAACGUAUUAUGUACUUAUUUUACGGAUGCGAAUAAAUAAUAUGGCUUUA